UAACACGUCCCCAGGAGACUCGCAGGAGCAACACGUGAUGUGUCUACUUAUCAGGUUUGCAUCUCUCCUCGUUCUCUCCUCGAAGCCCACCGGUCCCCACCGCAUCAUGCCUGGGAGCCCAGCGCCCUGGCCGGCCGUUGCUCCAGCUCUGCUCCAGAAGCGGUGGCUUUGAGGUGUGACCCUGUCCACGUCCGCGCCCAGCCAGCAGCAGCAUCUCAGUAAGGAGGACGGCUUGAUAAGGCCAAAAAACAGGGUCAACGAGUGACACCAAGAAAAGGAGAACAGAAGCAAGCGCGGGCUCCUUCCUGCCCCACGCGGAUGAUAGCGCUAACAGGGGCAAUUCCAUAGUGUAUCAUUUGGGGCAGAAAAUGGAGUUCUAUGGCAGUGGCUUCUUAGAAGCUUAGACCCCCCAUCCCAAUGACGUCAAGUUCGCCCGUUGGCUUGGAAGGUUCAGACCUGUCUUCCAUCAACACCAUGAUGUCGGCUGUAGUGAAGGUCACCGAGAACGUUGGGGGCCCCCCGAGCAGCAAGUCCCCCGCCAAACCUCCAGGACCAAAUCGGAUUGGCAGAAGGAACCAGGAAACGAAAGAGGAGAAGUCUUCCUACAACUGCCCCCUGUGUGAGAAGGUUUGCACUACCCAGCACCAGCUGACCAUGCACAUCCGACAGCACAACACGGACACUGGAGGGGCAGACCACGCGUGCAGCAUCUGCGGGAAGUCCCUGAGCUCCGCCAGCUCUCUGGACCGCCACAUGCUGGUGCACUCCGGCGAGAGGCCUUACAAAUGUACUGUGUGUGGCCAGUCUUUCACCACCAAUGGGAACAUGCACAGACACAUGAAGAUCCAUGAGAAGGAUCCUAAUGGCACUGCAGCCGCGGUCCCUUCAUCCCCUCUGAAGCGCCGGCGGCUGUCGUCCAAGAGGAAACUGAGCCACGAUGCCGAGUCGGAGCGAGAAGACCCAGCACCGGCUAAAAAGAUGGUAGAAGAUGGGCAGUCGGGUGACAUGGACAAGGCGGCUGACGAAGUCUUUCACUGCCCGGUAUGUUUCAAGGAGUUUGUGUGCAAAUACGGACUGGAGACCCACAUGGAGACCCAUUCGGAUAACCCACUCAGAUGUGACAUUUGCUGCGUCACCUUUCGAACACACCGAGGCCUGCUUCGGCACAAUGCACUUGUCCACAAACAGCUUCCCAGGGACGCCAUGGGGAGGCCCUUCAUCCAGAACAACCCUUCGAUUCCUGCCGGCUUCCAUGACUUAGGGUUCACAGACUUCUCCUGCAGGAAGUUCCCUUUCAUCUCUCAGGCCUGGUGCGAGACCAACCUGCGCAGGUGUAUCAGCGAGCAGCACCGGUUCGUCUGCGACACCUGCGACAAGGCCUUCCCCAUGCUGUCCUCGCUCAUCCUGCACAGGCAGACUCACGUCGCCGCGGACCAGGCUCAGGAGAAGCUGCAGGCCAAGGCCCUGCCUGAGGACGCCCCGGACCAGAAGGUCUUCCUGGCCUUCCUGGGCCUGCAGCACACCAAAGACGUCAGGCCUGCCCCCGACGAGGAGCCCCUGCCCGAGGGCAGCCAGGCCACACAGCUCCAGACACUCAAGUGCCAGCUACCUCAGGACCCCGGCUGCACCAGCGUGCUGAGUCUGUCUCCUUUCGAAGCUACUUCCCUGGGCGGGUCUCUCACGGUCCUCCCUGCCACCAAGGAGAGCAUGAAGCAUCUGUCCCUGCAGCCCUUCCAGAAGGGCUUCGUCAUCCAGCCCGACAGUAGUAUCGUGGUCAAGCCUAUCUCUGGGGAGUCGGCCAUCGAACUGGCGGACAUCCAGCAAAGCCUGAAGAUGGCGGCCUCGGCCCCCCCGCAGAUCAGUCUUCCGCCUCUCUCCAAGGCCCCUGCCGCCCCUCUGCAGGCGAUCUUCAAGCACAUGCCCCGUCUGAAGCCAAAGCCCCUGGUCACACCGAGGACGGUGGUGGCCACCUCCACGCCCCCACCUCUCAUCAACGCCCAGCAGGCCUCCCCCGGGUGCAUCAGCCCCAGCCUCCCCCCACCGCCCUUGAAGCUCCUCAAAGGCUCUGUGGAGGCCGCUUCCAACGCCCACCUGCUGCAGUCCAAGUCCGUGCAGCCCAGCGCAGCGGCACAGCUCCUCCUGCAGCAGCCCCGGGUCCAGCUGCCGGGCCAGCCCGAGAUAAAGACGCAGCUGGAGCAGGACAGUAUCAUCGAAGCGCUGCUGCCCCUGAGCAUGGAGGCCAAGAUCAAGCAGGAGAUCACCGAGGGUGACCUCAAGGCCAUCAUGACGGGGCCCGGAGGCAAGAAGCCGCAGGCCAUGCGCAAGGUGCUCUAUCCCUGCCGCUUCUGCAACCAGGUGUUUGCCUUCUCCGGCGUGCUGCGCGCGCACGUGCGCUCACACCUGGGCAUCUCGCCCUACCAAUGCAACAUCUGCGACUACAUCGCCGCCGACAAGGCGGCGCUCAUCCGCCACCUGCGCACGCACAGCGGGGAGCGGCCCUACAUCUGCAAGAUCUGCCACUACCCCUUCACCGUCAAGGCCAACUGCGAGCGGCACCUGCGCAAGAAGCACCUCAAGGCCACGCGCAAGGACAUCGAGAAGAACAUCGAGUACGUGAGCAGCAGCGCGGCCGAGCUGGUGGACGCCUUCUGCGCCCCGGACACCGUGUGCCGGCUGUGCGGGGAGGACCUCAAGCACUACCGCGCGCUGCGCGUGCACAUGCGCACACACUGUGGCCGCGGCCUGGGCGGCUGCCCCAAGGCCCGCAAGCCCUUCGAGUGCAAGGAGUGCAGCGCCACCUUCGCCGCCAAGCGCAACUGCAUCCACCACAUCCUCAAGCAGCACCUGCACGUGCCCGAGCACGACAUCGAGAGCUACGUGCUGGCCACCGACGCCGAGGCUCCGCCUGCCGAGGCCGCGGCCAGAGGGGAGGAGGGCGGCUGCCCUGCCUUGGGGGACCGCAAGCCCCUUGCCGCCUUCCUGGAGCCCCAAAACGGCUUUCUUCACGGGGCCCCUCCUCACGUCUCGGUCAAAUUGGAGCCAGCCAGCAACUUCGCAGUGGACUUCAACGAGCCCCUGGACUUUUCUCAGAAGGGCCUGGCCCUCGUCCAAGUGAAGCAGGAAAGCAUCUCCUUCCUGAGCCCCUCUUCUGGGGUCCCCUACGACUGCUCCAUGGAACCCAUUGACCUCUCUAUCCCCAAGAACUUCAGGAAGGGAGACAAGGACCUGGCUGUUCCCGGUGAAGCCAGGAAGCCUGAGCAGGAAGCAGGGAGCAGCAGGCAGCCCUCUCCCUGUCCCCCACCAUGCCCUGUUGUGCCAGUGACUCUGGGGCCCACUGGCGUCCUGGAGAGCCCCGUGGUGCCCGCUGCAGCUGCCCCAACAGCCAGCACCCUGGAGCCUCACGCCCAGCCCCUGCAGGGCUCUGUCCAGCUCGCGGUCCCCAUCUACUCCUCAGCUGUGGUCAGCACCCCUUCCUUCCUGGGCAGCUCGGCCCUCAUCAGCAACUCAGCCCUUCUGAGCAGCCCAGCCUUGCUGCGACCACUGCGCCCCAAGCCCCCCCUACUCCUGCCAAAGCCCACCGUGUCGGAGGAGCUGCCCCCCCUGGCCUCUAUAGCUCAGAUCAUCUCAUCCGUGUCCUCGGCCCCCACCCUGCUGAAGACCAAGGUGGUAGACCUCGGGCCCACAAACGCCGUCAGCAACAUCACAGCUCCAGAUGGCAUAGGGGUCUCCGUCCCCAACACUGCCACUGUCCCUGCUGACACCACCAGCCCUAACGAAUCCAGUGACCCACCCCCCACAGCCAGCAGCCCCGAGGCAGCCUCGCCCACCGACCAGGGGCCCGCUGGCUCCUCCAAGAAGAGGGGCCGGAAAAAGGCGAGGAACCCGCCCCAAAGCAACAGCAGUGGGGUGGACCUGGACUCCAGCGGGGAGUUCGCCAGCAUUGAGAAGAUGCUGGCCACCACCGACACCAACAAGUUCAGCCCCUUUCUGCAGAGCGCAGAGGAUGACACUCAGGACGAGGUGGCCGCAGCCCCCAGCGACCACCAGGGGCCCAGCGACGAAGAGCAGGGCAGCCCCGCCGAGGACAGACUGCUGAGGGCUAAGCGGAACUCCUACGCCAACUGCCUGCAAAAGAUCAACUGUCCCCACUGUCCCCGGGUCUUCCCGUGGGCCAGCUCCCUGCAGCGGCACAUGCUCACACACACUGGUCAGAAACCCUUCCCUUGUCAAAAAUGCGAUGCCUUCUUUUCUACCAAAUCUAACUGUGAACGGCACCAGUUACGCAAACACGGAGUUACCACCUGUGCCCUGCGAAGAAACGGGCUUAUCCCCCAGUCCAAAGAGAGUGAUGUUGGAUCUCAUGAUAGCACAGACAGCCAGUCAGACGCCGAGCCGGCGGCUGUAGCGAACGAGGUGCUGGACCUCACGUCGCGGGACAAGGAGCAGCCUCCGGCAGAGGGUGCUGCGGAGCCCAGCCAGGCCGCAGAGGAGUCCCCUGCAGGAGAGGCUCAGGUGGAGGCGGCCUCCCCUGUGGACAGGGACGAGAAGCAGGAGGAGGAGAACCAAGAGCCUGAGGAGGAGCGUGGCACGGAGGAGAAAGACGAGGACGCGGGUGGCCCGGAGGAGGACGUGGCCAGCAACAAGAGUCUGGACCUCGACUUCGCCAGCAAGCUGAUGGACUUCAAGCUGGCCGAGGGCGAGGCCGGGCCGGUGAGCGGCGGGGGCUCUGCCCAGCAGGACCAGAAGCUGGCCUGCGACACCUGCGGGAAGAGCUUCAAGUUCCUGGGCACGCUGAGCCGUCACAGGAAGUCGCACGGCCACCAGGAGCCCAGGGUCCAGGACAUGCCAGCCCCGGAGGCCGAGGGUGGCAGCGGAGCGGCUGAGGGUCCCACCGUGCCUGAGCUGGAGAAGCCAGCCCAGCCCCCGGCCGAGGAGCCUUCCCCCGACGUGGGAGAGGCUGUGGUCGAGAAGCAGGAAGAGACGGAGGGCCCCUCCGAUGGGGAGGGCGCGGCGGAGAAGAAGUCCUCUGAGAAGAGUGACGAUGACAAGAAACCAAAGACAGACUCCCCGAAGGGCGUGGCCAGCAAGGCGGACAAGAGGAAGAAGGUCUGCAGCGUGUGCAACAAGCGCUUCUGGUCCCUGCAGGACCUGACGCGCCACAUGAGGUCCCACACAGGGGAAAGACCAUACAAAUGUCAGACCUGCGAGCGAACCUUCACCUUGAAGCACAGCCUGGUCCGCCACCAGCGGAUCCACCAGAAAGCCAGGCACACCAGACACCACGGGAGGGACAGCGGCAAGGACGAGCGGCCCGAGGAGGACAGUGAGGACGGCUCCAGUCACAGCGGCAACAACCCCAUCUCGGAGAACGAGGCCGAGCCCGUGGCCAGCACCAGUGGCCAUGUGGCUGUCACCCGGAGCCGGAAGGAGAACCUGGCUAGCGUGGCCAGGGACUGUGGCCGCAGGGAGGAGAAGGCUGUGGCAGGGAGGGCGGUGGACUCCGGCCGGGGCGCCCCCAAAGAGCCGGCAUCCCCAGGCGACGCUGACCCAGAGAGCCCAGUGGCCCUUGGGCAAGACCCACUGGAGUCACGAGGCAAGCGGGCUGGCCACCCCAUCCUGGCUGCCACCGAGGCCGCCUCGCAGCUCCUGGGACUGGAAUGACAGCCCGUGCCGCCCGCCUCAGCCCACGGACAAGCCAGCAGAGCAAAGCGUCCCGAAUCCAGACUUCACGAGGUUUCCUCAGUGCCCUUCAGUUUCCAGGGAGCGACAGAGAGAGAGAGAGAGAGAGAGUGAGAGAUCAAGAUGGGCGAGGACACUGCCUACGCCCAGUGCCAUAGCCCGGCCGCGGACCGCACAGAGACCACAGCCGGGCCGACCCCAGUGCCUUAACUACUUAGCCUGCCUUCCGGAUGCUUACGGCUAUACGUUUUCCCAAAAUGACUUUGUAAGGAAAAACAAACAAAACAAACACGUCUAUUUUAAUGAAUUAUUUGGAGAGGAACUCUUCAUGUAAGCAUUAUCACGACCUUUUGUAUUGAUGUGUGUGAGUUUGUUCUUGAGAAUCUGUGAUCGUCCCGUUUGUUCUGUGAGCUGGAAACAGAAGACAAAACCCAUCCCCGGGGAGGCCCAUCGCCAAUAACUGGAAGAAAAUGAUGUGAAUUUCGUGGAAACGACCAGCGGAGAGGCAGACAAGAUGCUAAUUUCUGAGAAGACUUUUUUUUUUAAUUUUUUUUUUUUUUUUCCAUUUUGCUACGUGGUGGAACUGUCACCCGGUCCUCGGUGUCACCGGUUGUCCUUGAUGGAGGUUUCCAGCACGGUUCAAGCAGAAGCGAGUGUGUCAGCCUCGUGCACCGUUCUGCUCUGUCCGCGUUCGAUGUACCUAGUGCUCACGUUGCCAGGCAUCCGCUCCUAAAGGGUCGGGAAGGUUCCCCCUGCAUCUUAAGGCAGAAAACGUGACACGGGUGUCGUGUGGUUGCUGUCCCCCCCUCCCCUUUCGGUAUAUGUAUUAUUAAUAUUAUUAUUAUUAUUAUUUUUGAGUUCAUCAGUUUGCUGGUCUCUGCAGUGAGCAGAAACACAUGGGCAAUAUUUGUCCCGGGAGACCUGAGCCGCCCGCGGCUUUCUUGGGCACCCUUGGGUGGGAGCUCUUCUACUGUACUCAGAUAAGCCUUUCUUCCCUGGCUGCAGAAGUCCCCAGGGGCCACGAGCCGUCCUCCCGCACAGGGCCACGCAGCAGCCCAGGGUGGGGCGAGCACGGCCAGGCGCCCCAGAGUCGGGGCCCUGCUGAAAGCACUGCAGACACACUUCUGAGAAAGCGAGGCCGUGAUGAGGCCUGUCCUCCCCAGCGUGGUUUUCCCAGUCUUCCUGCUAAGCCCAGGCCACCCCACCCCACCCCCCACCGAGCUACUGUCAUUUGCAAAGCAAGGAAAUACUACUACUGGUCAUGUAACGACACGGGCAAGGUGGAAGACAAGAACUAGAUUAACCUUUCCCUUUCCUGCGAUGUGGGAGUUGGUGCUUGAAGAGAGUCAUACCGUUUCCGGUUUCUUAAACAGCCCGAUGCCCUGGGUGCAGCAAGAUAGGGGUCACUGAUAAGUGAGUGUCUCGGGCAGGUCGUAGACAUCCCUCGCUGUGGCCGCUGGCAGUGAGGAUAAAAGCCUACUGUAGCUUGUCUUCAGCUGAGACCUCCAGGACCCCGAGCCAUUCUGCUGCCGGGGACCCCCUUGUAUUUGGGGAGAGCCUCUCCUUUCUCUGGGAGGGUCGCCCCCUACCCUAACUCUGCUGCCCUUUUCAGUCCCAGAGGUUCCCACUUAACACUCGCUCACACAGAGACACGCAUGUCCCCUCCUGUCCACUUCUUCCCCCCGUCUCUGGUGGCCAAAAGCCAACCUCCCAGAUGUCAAAGGAAGAGCGACUUCUCGAGAGAGUGACAGGUGGUCUCUUUACAUACGAAAGGAGAAGGCUGAGGUAUAUAUGGUUUGUAACUGCAUGAGGGAUGUACAAACUAGUUUCCAAACGAGGUUGUUCAAUGCCGUAGAGAUGAGUGCAAAUUCGAACCCACGUCUCUUGGCCCAUUUAGUUGAAACUCACUUCCUGCAUCCCUUGUUAUUAUUAUUAUUAUUUUUUAAAUUUCAACUGUUAUUGUUAUUUUCAUUAUUGAUAUUAUUCGGGGUUUCUCGUGUUUUGUUUUUCUCUGCAACUCUCCACACUCAAGUCGCAAUAUUGGGGGCGGGGGGGACACAUGAGGCUGCCAUGAGAUACAGCAGCCAUCGGCCCCAGCCGCCAUCUGUAGCCGGGGCUGCCGCCUCAUUAAUCACUAUCGACUUAAAGCUUUAUCCAGCCUCCUUCCUCCGUACCCCGCUAGUCAGUAAGGUCUUGCCACAUUUUAUUAGUGAGGUUGAGAAAUGUGUUCUUUGUGUGUCGUUCUGUCCCCACCCCCCCAAUAUUAAACUGUGAAAUUUGUGAUUUGUUUCAACUC